GUUUUUAUGGAAAAGUGCAAUACCGGUGCGUUGGAAGGCCAGCACAAACGCAAAAGUGGAAAACUGAUUUCCAUGUCAGAGCAAAAUUUAGUUGACUGCAGCAGGAAAUACGGAAACGAAGGUUGUAACGGUGGAUUGAUGGAUAAUGCUUUUACCUACAUCAAGGAAAACCAUGGUAUUGAUACUGAAGUCUCAUAUCCAUAUGAAGACAAGAAGUGCCGUUUUAAUCCCAACACUGUUGCAGCCGUUGAUUACGGAUUCAUCGACAUACCCGAAGGAGAUGAACAAAAGCUGAAAGAAGCUAUUGCAACCGUUGGACCUAUUUCCGUUGCUAUCGACGCUUCGCAGGAAAGUUUUAUGUUCUAUCAUAGAGGAAUUUAUCAGGAAAAACACUGCAGUUCCUCUUCACUGGAUCACGGAGUUCUAGCCGUAGGCUACGGAACGAAUAACGGGACGGACUACUACAUCGUGAAGAACAGCUGGGGAGAACAAUGGGGUGACAAAGGGUAUAUUUUAAUGGCUCGCAACAGGCGGAAUAUGUGCGGAAUCGCGACGGCGGCAAGCUAUCCUAUUGUGUAA